CCCGAUCGCACGAUGUCGUUUUGGGCAGUGAGUCGCGGUCUGACGCCGCCUUCGAAGGUGGUGCCCAUGCUGAAUCCCAACCAGCGUCAGUUCCUCGAGGACGAGGUGCGCUACCGCGAGAAGCUGAAGCUGAUGGCCCGUGGCGACGCCAUGGAGGAGGUGUACGUGCGGAAGCAGGAGACCGUGGACGAUCCCCUGGAGCUGGACAAGCACGACUCGUUCUACCAGACCACCAAGAGCCUGCUGGUGCUCUUCCAGAUAAUGGGCGUGAUGCCCAUCCAUCGCAAUCCGCCCGAGAAGAACCUUCCCCGCACGGGCUACUCCUGGGGCUCCAAGCAGGUCAUGUGGGCCAUCUUCAUCUACAGCUGCCAGACGACCAUCGUGGUGCUGGUCCUCCGCGAGCGGGUGAAGAAGUUCAUCACCAGCCCGGACAAGCGCUUCGACGAGGCCAUCUACAACGUGAUCUUCAUCAGCCUGCUCUUCACCAACUUUCUGCUCCCGGUGGCCAGCUGGCGGCACGGCCCCCAGGUGGCCAUCUUCAAGAACAUGUGGACCAACUACCAGUACAAGUUCUUCAAGACCACCGGCUCGCCGAUCGUCUUUCCGAACCUCUACCCACUCACCUGGUCGCUGUGCGUCUUCUCCUGGCUCCUUAGCAUCGCCAUCAACCUGUCGCAGUACUUCCUGCAGCCGGACUUCAGGCUGUGGUACACAUUCGCCUACUACCCCAUCAUCGCCAUGCUGAACUGUUUCUGCAGCCUGUGGUACAUAAACUGCAAUGCCUUUGGAACAGCCAGUCGCGCCCUUUCCGAUGCCCUUCAGACAACAAUAAGGGGAGAGAAGCCCGCCCAGAAACUGACUGAGUACCGCCACCUGUGGGUGGACCUAAGCCACAUGAUGCAGCAACUGGGUCGCGCGUACUCGAACAUGUACGGGAUGUACUGCCUGGUCAUCUUUUUCACGACGAUCAUCGCCACCUACGGCAGCAUCAGCGAGAUCAUCGACCACGGGGCCACCUACAAGGAGGUUGGUCUCUUCGUCAUCGUGUUCUACUGCAUGGGCCUGCUGUACAUCAUCUGCAACGAGGCCCACUACGCCUCCCGGAAGGUGGGACUCGACUUCCAGACGAAGCUGCUCAACAUCAACCUGACCGCCGUGGACGCCGCCACCCAGAAGGAGGUGGAGAUGCUCCUGGUGGCCAUCAACAAGAACCCGCCCAUCAUGAACCUGGACGGGUAUGCGAACAUCAACCGGGAGCUCAUCACGACCAACAUAUCCUUCAUGGCCACCUACCUCGUGGUCCUCUUGCAGUUCAAGAUCACCGAGCAAAGGCGCAUCGGCCAGCAGCAGUCCUAG